UUCUUUGAAUUUAAAAAAUGGCUCCAAUGUAACUGCCAGGCUGAAGUUAUAUAUCAUCUCUGAUCUGAAUUCGUUCAAGUUUUGUGUAAUGAAGUCCCACACUCUAUUGUCAGAGUCAAAGAGUAUUGUGAUUCCACCCAAUGAAAUCUACCCCAUCACUGUUGUCUUCUCCCCAGCGCAGCCAUGUUAUGUCCAUGGCAAGAUUAACAUUUAUGUGUCUUCUGGCCAGUCAUGCAAACUUAUUAUACCUUUGUCUGGGUAUGGUGCCAAAAGUGAUAUACGGCUUGUAGAACCCUAUUCUGGUAUACUGGAGUUGGAACAAGCAUCUGCACCCUUUGUACAAAAGACUUUUACUAUUCAGAACGUUGGCUUCCGUGAAGGUUUCUUUUGUGUCAAAGUCUUCCAUGAUCCUGAGGAAAAAGUUCUUGCUGAAACUGAAAAUAUCUCUGUCAAACCUGAAAAUGGUAUUCUGAAGCCCAAUGGAAAACAGGACGUAACUUUGACAUGUGACCAGGCAGCCUUAUCCAGUUUACCUCUCCACGUUUCUAUCUACCAUGGUGACGAAUUGGCUCGGCAACAAAUGAAAUGGUGA